GAAAAGUCCAUUUUCCAACAGGCUGGCUGGAGUUAAUUGAAGAGCAAAACGGCCCACUACAAGCCCAGUGUACAAUAUGCAUAGGACCAAACGCCCAGGCCCAACUCAAAGCAACUCGUUUCCUCUUUCCGCCCACCAUUCUUCGUUUCUGGUGUGCUUCAUUCCGUCUAUCGGCGUCCAGUUAUCGUCGCUAAUCUGCCCCAACUCCACAACCGAGAACAGGAAACACUGAAACCCUAAAUCCUUAGAACACCACAGACUCUCAACUUCAUUGCACUGCAGUUCCGAUUCAGCCAUCGCAUUUUAUUUCCUUGAAUGAUAACCAGACGAAGAGUGGAAUUCUGAAGAUCCUUAGGCAAUGGGAGCUAGUCGGAAGCUACAGGGAGAGAUCGAUCGGGUACUGAAGAAGGUUCAAGAAGGUGUAGAUGUCUUCGACAGCAUCUGGAACAAGGUUUAUGAUACCGACAAUGCAAAUCAGAAAGAGAAGUUUGAGGCAGACUUGAAAAAGGAGAUCAAGAAACUGCAGAGAUACAGAGACCAGAUCAAGACAUGGAUCCAGUCUAGCGAGAUUAAGGAUAAAAAGGUUAGCGCCUCUUAUGAACAGGCACUGGUGGAUGCUCGUAAGCUGAUUGAACGUGAAAUGGAAAGAUUUAAGAUCUGCGAAAAGGAAACUAAGACAAAAGCAUUCUCAAAAGAAGGGCUUGGUCAACAACCUAAAACUGAUCCAAGGGAGAAGGCUAAAUCAGAGACAAGGGAUUGGCUGAACAAUUCGGUGAGCGAGUUAGAAUCCCAGAUUGAUAGCUUUGAAGCUGAAAUAGAAGGUCUCACCGUGAAGAAAGGAAAGACAAGGCCACCCAGACUGACACAUUUAGAGGCAUCUAUUCAACGGCACAAGGCUCAUAUAAUGAAGCUAGAGUUGAUAUUGAGGCUACUUGAUAAUGACGAGUUGAGUGCUGAGCAGGUCAACGAUGUUAAAGACUUUAUUGAUGACUAUGUGGAGCGGAACCAGGAGGAUUUUGAUGAAUUCAGUGAUGUAGAUGAGCUUUAUAGCUCGUUGCCAUUAGACAAAGUGGAAUCCCUUGAAGAUCUUGUCACAAUUGUUCCUCCUGGUCUUGUGAAGGGUGCACCAGUACAUAGCCUGAAGUCUGCCUCCCUGACAGCACCUGCGCCACCCCAAAUGCCUACUGUUGUUAGUACCACCCCUGUCCAGGAGCCUGCUGAUGAUACAGCUUCGCAAGACAGUAAUUCUGAAGUUGUUGCUCGAACCCCACCUGCAAAGAGCAGCAUCUUGGGUUCUUCUGUUCCGUCAACCCCGCCUGUUAGUCAUGUAACUCCUGUGAGUGUUCCUGCUAAUCCAUUACCUGCCAUGACAGCUGCUCCUGCAGUUAUUCCAAGUCCAUCUCCUGUUCGAGGGGCUGUAGAAAAUGUUGCUGCUUCUGUUCCUUCAUCUCCUGUUCCUCUUGCAACUCCUGCAAAAGAUGAAGAAACUGCCGGCUUCCCUGGACGUAGACCAUCACCUACUCUUGGUGAUCCUGGACUAACAAGGGGCAUUGGCCGAGGUGGCCUCACAAGCCAGCCACCAACUAGUAUUCCUCUUACUUCUAGUACAAUUCCUAGCAAUGGAGCCCUUGGUGCAGUACCAUCAGUCUCUGAUGUGACAAAGCGAAAUAUUUUGGGUACUGAUGAUAGGAUUGUGAACACUGGAAUGGUUCAGUCUUUGAAUUCCCCAUUAAGUAAUCGGAUGAUUUUGCCUCAAGUUGGCAUGUCCAGUGAUGGAACUGGUGUACUAGAUUCUGGCAAUGAAGGUGCUGGGUUAGGUGGCAGAGUCUUCUCUCCUCCUGUGGUUCCUGGCAUGCAAUGGAGACCUGGAAGUUCAUUUCAGACUCAGAAUGAACCGGGUCAAUUUCGAGCUCGAACUGAGAUAGCCCCUGAUCAGAGAGAGAAAUUCUUGCAGCGUUUUCAGCAAGUCCAACAAGGCCAUAGCAACCUUCUCGGCAUGCCACCUCUUCCUGGUGGCAGUCAUAAGCAAUUCCCAACACAACAAAACCCACUUUUGCAACAGUAUAACUCUCAAAGCUCAUCCCUCUCCUCGCAAGCGACUCUAGGGCUUAGCGUUCAAGCACCAGGGCUAAGCAAUGCUACACCCACUACUUUGCAGCAGUCAAACUCAAUUCAUCAACAGUCUAGUCAACCAGUUGUGGCACCGAAUGCUAUAAGAGAUAGUGAUGCUGGUCAUAUGAAACUCGAGGAGCAACAGCAAUCACUGAAUUUAACCGAUGACUUGGCCUCUGAAUCUGCUGCCACAACUGGACUGGGUAAAAGUCUCAUCAGUGAGGAUGAGCUUAAAGCUCCUCACCCAAUGGACAAUGUAUCGAGCUCUUUGGCAGAGCUGUCUGUUCAAGUGCCGAGAGACACCGAUCUCUCUCCCGGGCAACCCUUACAGUCUUCUACACAAACAACAAGCGGUUUAGGUGUCAUCGGUCGCAGAAGCAUUGCUGACCUUGGUGCCAUUGGCGAUAGUCUCGCCUCGCCUGCUGCGAGUCCCGUUCCACUGCAUGACAACAGUUACAAUUUGCAGAUGCUAGAGGCUGCUUAUCACAAACUUCCUCAACCCAAAGACUCGGAGCGUGCAAGGAGCUAUAUCCCAAGGCAUCCUGCUGUAACACCGUCCAGCUUCCCUCAAGUUCAGGCUCCCAUUGUAAAUAACCCUGCCUUCUGGGAAAGGCUGACCCUUGACAGUUACGGCACCGACACCUUGUUCUUUGCAUUUUACUACCAACAGAACACGUAUCAACAAUAUUUGGCAGCAAGGGAGCUGAAGAAGGGAUCAUGGAGAUAUCACAGAAAAUACAACACCUGGUUCCAGCGACAUGAAGAGCCCAAGGUUGCCACCGACGAGUUUGAACAAGGGACGUAUGUCUAUUUCGAUUUCCACAUCGCCAAUGAUGAUCACCAACACGGAUGGUGUCAGAGAAUCAAGACGGAGUUCACGUUCGAGUACAAUUACCUCGAAGACGAGCUGAUCGUCUAGGGGAUUUGCAGAGUCAUGCCAUCCUCUCUCAAAUGAUGUCCUCCCUCUUUCUCUUUUUUCAUGCAUUUUCUCUCACAUAAUGUACUCUAGGAGAAAAUCAAGAUCUAUUCCUUGUAUAAUCUGCAACUACACUGGGAACAAAUGCUGUCUACAGUGCGUUUAUCAGUUAUCAUAUAAUCAUUUCAUCUAGAAGCUGGUGAGUGCUCCCCAUAGUAACCCGACACGUCUCACCAUUUUGCACCGGUAGAAUUUGGAAAUCCUGAUUGGGAUGAGUGUCCAACUGUCCAUAAAGGCAGGCAGCAGCACAUUGGUAUGGUUGGAAAGGAAAUGGCUAACCGCUAAAUUGGAAAAUUAUUUGGAUGGACCAGUAAAGUUUACCUUAGCUAUUGAAAUUAU